GACUUGUAUUUAAAUGCGGGAGGUGUGACGGUGUCCUAUUUUGAGAGGCUGAAGAGCAUCAAUCACAUCAGUUUAAGACGUUUGACUCGGAAAUACGAGAAGAAAGCAAAUUUUUAUCUUUUAGGUAGCGUCCAAGAAAGCCUGUAUCAUCAUUUCAAGGAAACCAUUCGUUUAAAAUCAUCGCUUGCGUUCCUUCGAGAGAUCGUUGGCGCGAAUGAAAAAGACAUUGUUCAUUCUGGAUUGGAGUUCACCUUAGAACGAUCAGCUAAGCAAAUUAUGCACUGCGCCAGUGAGUACGACCUAGGUCUAGACAUAAGGACGGCUGCUUAUACUGUGUCCAUGGAAAAGUCAACACAUACACUGUGA